AUUGGAGAGCCGUAGCGGCUUUCUUGGCACAAAAAUCUCCGGUUCCUGACUUUUUCAUCCUGUUAUUCUUCGUCUUGCGAUCGAAAUAUGCGAUGACGAAAUAACGUACUUAUGCGAGCGAACUUUCCAAGCAAUUGCUCUUAUCUAACGACAGCAAUUAUAAUCGAUUUAAGCGGCGAGAAAGUCAAGUAUUUAUCGCGACUCAGGGGACAAAUACAAUACGUUACUCGGGGCGGCAAUUAAAUUUCUCAACUUUCUCUGUAGCUCCCGUGUGUAGGUGGACAACUUAAAGUAUUUACGGGGUUUACUGCAUGAUAUGUAGACCGUGUAAAGUACAGUAUUUCUGGGUAUAUUUAACUUGACACCUUGGAUCCGUGGAAGUUAGUCGGCGUCCCUUCAAGUGAAACGUGCGAUCCGUUUUCUGAGACUCAUCGUGAACCUUCAUCUCGGCUUUUUGAAGAAAUUUAUAUAAUAAAAGUUUGAUAAAGAAUCGGCGCCACUUUAUGCGGUGGCGAUAUAUGAAAUUUCCUAGCAACAUCUUUUUUGACGUAUAAAAAAGCUUUGGAAAUCCCAGAAUGGUCAAAGAUCGGUCGCUGCUCGCGCUUCUGAUGUGCUGUAUCGUGUUUCGCGCUUACGUCGACGCCUGGAAUGAUCGCGGGAGGCACAGAAUUGCGGACAGAAGACGAUUGUGGCAGGUGAAUAAUAACGGACCUGCCUCUUCCGCCGCAGGACAACGUAAAUGGGAAUUAUCAAAAGUUCCGAACAAUAAUCGCACUCAAAUCGCUAGGCAGAAACGACUCUUCUCGCUGUUCACGCUGGUGAGGUUCGACAACAGCAUCUGCGGCGGGUUGAACGGGGAGAACGGCACGUGCCUCGCCGCGGCGGAAUGCGCGCAACGCGGGGGCGUCUCCAGCGGCGUUUGCGCGAAUGGUUACGGGGUCUGUUGCAUAGUCACGGUGUCCUGCGGCGGGAUGAUCGCUGACAACAACACGCACUUCGUCAACCCGAAUUUUCCCUCCACCUACGACGGCAUGGACUCGUGUCAAGUGACAUUGGUGAAAUCGGAUCCGGAUGUGUGCCAGUAUCGAUUGGACUUCGUACAGUUCAACAUCAGAGGCCCGGAAACGACGAAUAACGUCUGCACUUACGACCAAUUCAUCGUUUCCGGUGGCAAUCCGGUGCCGACGAUAUGCGGUAACAAUGACGGAAAUCACAUGUACAUAGACACGGGAGUCGGCCAAACCAACCCGGUUACUCUGACCUUCGUUACGAGUGGCAACUCUUUUUCGCGAUCGUGGAAGGUUCGUGUCUCGCAGAUACGAUGUAGCACGAUAUACCGUGCUGAGGAGGGCUGCCUUCAGUAUUUCACCGGAGUCUCUGGCCAGAUAAAGUCCUACAAUUACGAUCCUACGACCGGGCUGCAAUUGUCGAAUCAAGAUUACAGUAUAUGCAUCAGGAUGGAGAGGAACUUUUGCGGAAUCCAGUACAUGGCUUGUCCUGACGAUGCUCAAGCGAUGAUGAUGCCCACCCCGUUGGGUGCGGCGGGUCAAAUAAUGCGUAGCAACGCGUUCACGCUGACAGGAAAUACGCAGGCCACGCAGAUCGUGUCGAUGACAGGGACAUCCUGUAUGACCGAUUGGCUGUCAAUACCAUGCGCCACGAAUCUGGGUCGGCUACCCUUGACGCCGAUGACGUGCGUCGAUCGAUUGUGCGGCGGUACCUUUAACUCGGAAACGCAGAACUUGAACGGAUCGACAGUUAUCAGCACUGUAAAGCCAUUCAGAUUGGUUUUUCACACGGACGGCACCGAGGCACCUGGCGACGUUGGAAAUAGAGGCUUCUGCCUUAAUUACGUGCAACUACCGUGCACGACGAAAUUAAAAUAGACGCCAUUCCGCUUAAGCACAAUUGAAGGACUGAAGCGUAUAAGGAUCACGGAAUUCCAAUUUUUAUUUCAGAACUUUCAACACAUAUAUAUAUUUUUUAUCGUAAUCAUGUCAACGUACAAAGGGUACGCUUAAAAAGCAACUAGUAACUUAGCUUUAUACAUAAAUGUGCCGUCGCGUAUAAAUCGAGGAGUAUGCGUGUCUCUUCAAACGUGCGUGCGCGAACAGGUUUCCUUUUACAUUCGCACAUCACGCGGAUUCCCGUACAUCAAGGGACGAAGCUGCGAGAGGAGAGACGCAUCUUUCCAAGUUUUUAGGUAUCGUGUACUUAAAUGAAAUCGAUGACGAAGUACAAUAGUAUCGAUAAAAUAUUAUGAACUAUAAAAACGGGACGGUAAACAUCGUCGUCGUAAAAAUUACCGUGCUACCGUAAUCAAUCGAUCAGUUAUACAGAAUAAUAGCGGUAGAAUGUUACGAUAAUAUUCACAAACUUUGCAUCAUUAACGUCUGCAGAUUGGUAGACUGAUUAAACAGAGGGGAGGGAGGAUGUAAUGUAACUUAAAUCAACGCUAUAGAUGUGUGCAUGCAUUUAUACAUUUAAUAAAAUUGGAGACCGCUCUCUCCGUCUUAUUUUUAGAAAGCACAAAAUUCCAGUAAUGCUUGUAGAUAAAACGCCCACAUACACGUGCACACGCACGUACGUAUGUGUGUAUAUUUAUAUAUACAUAUAUGCAAGAGAUAUGCACCGAGACACAAUACUAUUUUAUAUAUAAUUAUCCGUAAAAGUGAUCAAAUAUUUUAAAAAGUUUAUUAUUUAUUUAUAUAUAUAUUUAUAUAUAUAUAGAGAGAGAAGAGCGAAGUAGUGAUGGGCGUCUGAAUAUUAUAAAUUACUGAAUAUUAUUCUCUUUUUCUAAAAGUUUUCGAACAAUUCGAUUAUGAAAGAUUCCGAUUGUCUUUGGAUAUCAUUUGACGUUACAAAUUCUAGAAAGUCUUGAAUCUAAAAGAUCUACUUGUUUUCAAAAGUUCAAGUAUCUAAAAUAUUUUAAAAAAUUCGUAAAAAUAUCCGCAACGCAUAUAAAAUAAAGUAGACUGUGUAAUGUAAAGCGUUAUGAAAGGAAUGACAAAUACGUCGAAAUCUUCAAAACUUUCAAGACUUCAAGAACAUCCAAGACUCUCAAGAUUCUUUCAAAAAGUCUCUGGUUUUAAAUUAUAAUUGUAUAAUAUCGAAAGUUUUCAUUAUAUGAUCAAAAUGAUUCGAUAUAUGUUGGUCCCAUCACGAAGGAAAGGAGAGUAUAUAAAAACAAGCUUCUGCAGCUCAUUUGAAAAGGUACAUAUGAAAUAUGUUCCUCUAAACCCAUACAGCACAAACCUUGCAGUUACAAUGCAGCUACACUACAGCAAUGUUGCAAUAUUGUAGCAAUGUUGUUGCAAUGUUACUGCAUGUUUUGUGCUGUACAGGAAAUAACAGGUUUCUAAACCUCUUCUUCAAAUUUUCUUGAAAUGCUUGGUCAAUUUCGUGAGACACUGCACAGUUAGAAUAUAUCAGACGUCGGAGAAACAACGUUAAAUCCACAGUUUUAUCGCUUAAACCG